AAGAAAAAUUAGUUUAUUUGAAUAUGCUACCAUUUGCUAUGCAUUUAAAAUCAAUAUGCUAUACAUUUAAAAUUCUUAUACAUAAAGAUAAAUACUUAUAGAAACGAGCGAACCUAAAAUUCUGCGGCUCCAAUGCUCGGAGCAUAUUUUGCCCAGGCGCGAGAAAUAUCCCAACGUUUCGUCCCCACAGAAGCCGCCGGCUACGCGUUCGGGUCCGUUUUGACCGCCGGUGACGUCACGGAAUUCAGUGGUCGGAAAAGUUAUUACUAAAGGACAUGACAUGCCCUUCGCGUUCGCUUUCAUUCGAGUGGUGACCAUCGAACGGUUCGGACGGUCGAACCUUCGUCGUUGGCUGAGACCCACGACAAGCGCGUGUCCGUUGCAAUCAUAGAAGGCUGUUCUUUUGUAUUAGUGUGCGUGCGUGUGUGUGCUAGCGGUUGAUGGACAUUUGAGCGACGGGUUCGGUUUGAAAUAAUUUCCUCAAAGAAAUAUGAAGAUUUUUGUUGGAAAAGUAACGUUUUCGUGGACCCCUACAAUCGUUUGAUUACCCCGUAAACGCUAAUGGUUUUAUUACUUACGCCGAGUGCGCGUGUGUGGGCGAGUGUUGCACCUGGUCACCGUAUAAGUGAGCGAGUACAAUCUGUAAAUCUGUGUCUGAAAAGCGUGCCGCCUGCAAGUGCUUAAAGUGUAUUUAAACAGCUUGAGUGUGUUUCCCUUUUCCACCCGUAGAGCAGAGUGGUUCGUUGUGGCCAAGGUGUUUGAGUUGUUUGCUGUGUCUACUGCGAUCAUUAUUUUAACUUCUCCCCCAUUUGUGUUUUUCUCCAACCCGGUGGUAAUGUCCACAAAGCGGCGGCAUGGUGUGUGUGUGUGUGUGGGAGUGUGCGCGCGCGUUGCAUCAUGAAUAAUUAAGGAUCUGGCUGUACGUUUGAACGCGCAGCGGUGCGGUCCCGAGCCCGAGGGGGACACGGACAUGUUGGAAAUGGAAAAAGUUUCCAGAGAGUGGACGAAGGUGUGGUGUGUGAGGGAGGAAGGUGUACAUCGAAAUUGGUCAAUGCUUGGAAGCAUAAUAUUCGGUACCGAACCGAAUGUACCCCUCCGAUGCGAGGGCCCCCCGCCUCCUCUCAUAAGUUAUGCAAUGGAAGCGAAAUGCCUUUGUCCGGUUCGGUGUUGACACCUCGGCAAACUCACUUCCGCCGGUAUUUGUGGUUGAAUGUCGAAGGCGGGAGCAAGGUGGGUUAAACUUUCCAGCCAACCCAAAGCACCGGGAGGCAACGGGCAGUAGGUUACCCAAACAAAGCUAAGCACGUUUCCUGUGUGUGUGUGUGUUGCAAGGAUAGCAUGUAGGGAUCGCAUGUAUGCAUGGGCAGGUUUGAAGGGAUCUCGUGUUAUGAUGACCCGGUUAAGCUAAUGGCUGAGGAGAUCCCCUACGCCUCGAUGGACAGUGACUCCAAAGCAAAGGACGUCUCCACGUGAGAACCGCUGCGUCCUCCGAGCGGGUGGUGGUGGUGCGAAGGGUAGCGAAAAUGGGGACAACUUGUAGCACACAGUACAUUAACGGCACGAAUUGUUAACAGAUAAUUGAGCUUUUCGUAGUCCGGUUGAUUGAUUGAUUGAAAGUGGAUUUGUGGAAAUUCGUGGUGACUUUGACGAUGGCACUUUUGUCGCUUUUUUGACGAGACGGGGGUUUUGCGGUACACGGGACAAUUUAUAGUUGGAUCGUGACUAUCCGCUUUUGCGGGAAGGUAUUGAGAAUUGAGAGAGGUAAUGAUUGCAAGAAUGGUGUGCGCGGGUUUCUUUUUUAAUAACAGUUUGGGACAAAAUCGUGACCAUAUUCAAUUUUAAUUGUGCAGUAAGAUGAGCUGACUGUCUACAUUGUUGAAGAUUCCUAUCGUUUUCAUUAAGAUGAUCUUAGUUUUUACUUUAUCUGGGCCACACCGUCAAGUUGAUGCUUGCUUGUCGUAAGAAACAUGCAACGACACUGGCUCUUUACCGAUAGUUAACCCUAUCUCGUGCCUUAAUCUAGCACCUGGAACGCAGGUUUUGAUGAGGUGAAUUAUUAAUUACGCCCCUGUGGACUGUGACCUCUGUGCAACACGAUCAGCUUAAAACAGUGGUCGUCCAGUGGUGGCUUUGUGUUCCGGCGGUUCAAUACAUGUCCAUCCCUUGCCACGUGCGGCAGCUGUUUCAGUGAGUACUUGACCGUGCGUUGGUGUUACCCGACAAGAAAAAAAGAGGUUCAUUAAUGUUUAACAACAGACCCCGAGCGGUGGCCACAUUUGUGAGUGACAUGUAUGCCCAUCCGGAGUGACACGCUGGCAAACUCCCACGAAAGGCAAACAAAUCUACAAAUUAAUGACAAACACACGCUAACAAUCACAUUAAACGGGGUGUCUAGUACGAACAAAAAAAAGGAAAAGAAUCGUAGUGGUCACUUGGAUCGGUUGUUUCUUUGUUGCGGUGGUUGUUUGUUUUACCUUGUUGCUGCUAAUGUGACCAGUGCCGGGCAAACGGACGGCAGUACUUAGUGGUUACAUACAAAAACAGCGUGUUUUCCCGCCUACCUCGAUCCAACGAUGGUGUACAAACCACCGGGCACCUCCACCUCAUCACGUGGCAUUUCACCGCAGCGGGCACAGCAGUACGCGACGAGCCAGCAGCGCAACGACGGCAGUCGACGGCGUGCCGUGGUACCGGGUGAAGCUUUUCAGUCCAUUUCCCACUUUGGCAGUGUGCGCAGCAAGCUUAACAAUCAUGCCGGCGGACCGGCAGACCGAGGCAUCCGUACAUCCGGCGGCGAUGGUGGUGGCGGUGGCAUGAAGCGAUCGAACAGUCUCAACAAUAAGUAUAACAACAAUUACGCAGCAGCAGCAGCAACAACGACGACGACGCAGCCACGUCGUUCGAACAGCAUCGAUCGGAUGAACAACGGCAAGGUGUACCGUGGGCGUAGUCCGUUGCGAAAUUCCACCUCGAACCUGCACAGCAUGACGGGCGCCGGCAGUGGCCCGUACCGGAACCAGCCGGUUCUGAUUCGCUCCCGUGGAAAUGAUAUCGGCAGCAUGGACAAUUUGGAUAACAUCACCCAAGCAUCGACCGGCAGCAGCAACUCAAUGCCCGGCACGCCCGAGGAUAACAUCAACGUGGUGGUUCGGGUCCGUCCUCUAAGCAACAAGGAGGCAAGACAUGGAGACGAGAUGGUGGUACAAUUUCCUGGAAAUGGCCAAAUAUUGUGUGACGGAAUUCCGCUAACCUCGGGCGCUGGUGCCCAGAAGCCGAAACUGUUCUCCUACAACGUCGUGUUCGAACCGGGCGCCACACAGGACGAUGUGCUGCAGUACUCCGGCAUCAAGCGACUGAUCGAGAUGGCGAUCGAAGGAUUCAGCUGUACCGCGUUUUGUUACGGCCAGACCGGGUCGGGCAAGACGCACACACUUACCGGACCGCCGGAGCUGUUUUAUCGUAAACCCGACCCGGCACACGAGGAUCAUGGGCUGGUGUUUCGCUCAUUUCUCUACCUAUUCAAGCUGCUGCAAGAGCGCAAAGAUACCAACUUUGUCCUGAAGGCAUCGUUCCUGGAGAUUUACAACGAAAAGGUGAUCGAUUUGCUUAAUCCCGGCACGGCUAGGAAACCGCUCGCCGUACGAUGGUCCAAAAAGUCGCGUGGCUUUUUUGUGGAGAAUCUGUUCACCGUCGACUGCGAGGAGCUGGACGAUUUGUUGGCAGUGCUGGAAGAAGGAAUGCGAAAUCGACACGUUGGUUCGCACCUGAUGAACGAUUACUCCUCGCGCAGCCACACGAUCCUGACGGUGCACAUCACCUCCGAGCAGCAGGCCGAGGGCGGCGUGUUCAUUUCGAAGCAGGGCAAAAUUAACUUUGUCGACCUGGCGGGCAGCGAGAUGACGAAGAAAACACACAGCGAGGGCAAAACGCUCGAGGAAGCGAACAACAUCAACAAAAGCCUAAUGGUGCUGGGUUACUGUAUCGCCUCGCUAAGCGACUCCAAGCGGCGCGGCGGCCACAUUCCAUACCGGGACAGCAAGCUAACCAAGCUGCUGGCGGACAGCCUGGCAGGGAAUGGCGUAACUUUGAUGAUUGCAUGCAUUUCGCCGGCCCAAUCGAACGUGACCGAAACGGUGAACACACUGCGCUAUGCGGCCCGUGCCAAACGCAUCCGCACGAAACCGAUCAUCGUGAUGGACCCGCGGGAGGCACUGAUCCUGAGCUUGAAGCGGGAAAUUGGCGCACUGCAGGUGGAAAAUGAGCAUCUCAGAACGGCGCUCAACCUGCAGACCGAAGCGCAGGACAUUAACAGCCAGGUGGAUCUGCUCGAGCGUCGACCGAUACCGCGCAGCCCGCCGAAGGUGGACGUGGAGAAGCUGACCGACAUGGAGGGCAACGAGUUGAAGGAGCUGGUGAAGGUGUACGUGACGGAAAAUCAAGCGCUCCGGCAGGAGAAUGCAGAGCUGUACUCGACGCGGGAAAUGAUUAUCCGCGACCAGGAGCUGGUGUGCCGGGAGAACGAACGGCUGCUCAAAAAGCUUGAGGAUGUGAAUUCAGUCUGCUGCCGUUCGCCGAUCAUACCGGCCCGACCGACGUUUUCCGCCGAGAUGCUGAAUCUGUCCGCUGCGAGCGGCGAUUUGGAGGUGUCGAACAUUUGGCGCAAUCCGCUCAGUUCCAGCGCGGACAGCAUGAAUCGCUACCGCAACGAAUCGCUGGAUGGGCGCGUGUCGGCGAACGAGAACAAGAUACCGGAACUGCUGCAGAAGGAACUGGACAAGCGCCGGAUUGGUGAUAGCAUUACCACGAUUGCUAACAAUCUGACGCGCAACAACUCGUGGGACACUGCAAACCGUUCGAACGGGACGUCCAUGCAUGGGAUGAAGCUGGCCUCCCGCAAGGGUUCGGCCGACAGUCGCCAUUCGGAUCCGAGCCAGGCGAGAACGAGUCAGACAAGAAUUAUAGACCUCGCGCCAAACCCCCCUCAGACGGCACGCUCCAGUGCUGCGUCUCAUCCGCCCUGGAGACGUUCAGCACCGCGGUCGUCCAGUGCGCAGAAAUCGGCCACGCCACUGUUCGGCCGGAAGGGGACGUUUCUGCUCGCUAAGAGCAAAUCGACGGACGAGGGCAUUCUGCCGCUGAGGCGGAACAUAUUCGGUAGCCUAGUGUCGCUCGAUGACUGAGAGCACUGUUUCGCCGUUGUGAAACGGUCCCCACCCACUCGGGAAGACUCUCGUAAGGUCGCGUUGCGGCGCCUCUCCCAAUCACUUGACGUACCAUGAUCAGUUAAACAAGACGGGAGGAAAGCACCCUUCGUUCCCAAACGGGUGAGCGGUGUGCAUUGGAAAGGAGCAUCAUGUGAUAAUGUACUGAAAAGCGCAGGGAACUAGAAUGUAUGGCCGAAAGUGCAGCUUAAUAGCAAAGGAAAUCAAAACUAUGCAACACAUUCGAUUGUGAAUGGUGCCUUUCUUGUAAACGAAUAAAUUAAUUAACUGGAAUGUAGAAUGUUA